AUGUCAGCCACCAUCCCCCAAGAACUCCCCCCCAACUUCUUCACCCAAGACUCCGCCUUAGGAGUCCGAAACCCCCUAUGGGGCAGAAUCAAACCCCGAACAAGGAUCACCCUCGAACACCACGAAGAUGCCCUCCGCUUAGGAGCUCGCUAUACAAUCGAAGACCUCGUAGACUUCGUAGCUACUGCCCGACCUUCCAUUUCGGUCGAUAUACGACAUGUCAGCACACGGCUCACGGAUGCCGGAGACUUCGUGGCCAAAGCAUAUGGUGUGGAGCGUGCGGUUGUUAGACGAGAAUUUGAGGCUGCGCAGAAAUUGUUUGGUGUGAGUAAGAGGAAGGAUUUACUUGCUGCGGCGAGGAGGAGGGGGAGGGAGAAAAGGAGGGGGCGUAGUGGGUCUGCUAGGGAGGCUUUGAGUGAGAGAGUGGCUACUGUGCCGACUGAGGAUGUGGCUGAGGAUUCUGAUGAGAUGGAGACAGUGGAGCUUAUGAGGGUGGAGCGGGCUGCGAGUAUUCUUGCCGGGCUUUCACGAAGAGCAUGGGAAGAAGAAAUAAGUGUCGAAGAGUGUGAGGAAAGGAUGAGAGAGCGUGAAGACGGGUUUGACUAA